AUGGACGUCUACACAACAUCUUUUACAUAUCCACGCCGGUCGCGCCACAUUCAUUCCCCUGCCUCCUCACUCGACUUCCAGCCCGGCGACCUCAAGCAGCCCUCCCUCAUCGAUCCCUACCCCACAGCCCCCCAGCUCCAGCAUGCAAACCCCGCGGUCUCAGACGUCUCCGUCGCCGCAGACGCAGAGGCCAUCCAAAAACUCGCAAUGAUGGCCAUGUCCUUGCACGGUUGCCAUGUCUCAUAUUACAUGGUCGACCAAGGCCGCGCGUGGAACUUCCACAUCACUGGGGCAUAUCAGCAGGUCAUGAUAACUCGUGGGUUGAUUCUGAAGGAGUGUCCGGUCCAGCAUCGCGCAGCCAUCAAGGUGACGCGGUCUGAGAUCCUCGACUCACCUUUCUCCAAACCAACCCUUAAGCCUGAGGUCCGACGCCGGCUAGACGACAUUGCGUCACAAACGUUGGCCCACAUCGCCGUCGUCAAUAGUCCCCUCGCCCUCUCAAACCGCACUCCACCCGAUGGAAUUAGCAGCAGUGCUGGCUGGUCAGGACUGGAGACAGAGCGUGUUUGUGAGCUAGUGGUGACUGGCACAGAGGAUGCUGUGGAUCUUGCUCGAGUUCGUUUGCUGGUCAUGCUGGAUGAACUCAGCGGUCUGCAUUCCGAAGCUUGUGAGAUCGAUCAUAAGCUGCACGCUAUUGUUGCUGGUCGAAAACGAAGCGUACUGCAGUCCAUUCAAGAAGAGACUGCCACCAACAUCUAUUACCCUUCGCCCUUGCAGGAUCUCAUGGGCCCAGACCUCAGUGCGACCAAUUCAUCCACUGGUGCUCGUAAUAGUAAUGUUAUCUGGAUUACCGGCGAGUUCUUCGGGGUCCAACGAGCUCGGGACAUGCUCUAUCAAGUUUCUGUCAACAAGAGUAAAUCAGUGAUUUCAAGGGAUACGGCCAUACUUCCCCGCAAAUUGGAUUGGAUGGUCACUGAUCGUGCCGAAGAUUUGAAGACGAUCAUGAGCGACAACGCGACAUUCAUCCAAUUUCCACCGCUGGGAAGCUCAACGAGCCUAAUUACGGUCUAUGGCGAUCAUAGAGUUAACAUUCAACGAACGAUUCGGUCUAUCAUGCAACUGGCCUGCCAGUACUAUGUUGGUUCGUUCUGGCUCCUGCCGGUUCAGUUCAACGCACUCCUUCCGCCUGCCAAUCUCAAUACGACUGCUAUCACCGCUCUGCUCAAGCAGAUCUCAAUGGCGACUGGUGCGGAGGUCGUAUUUAAGAGCAUGUGCUUCGAAUUACACGGCCUUGAACACGAAGUUCGGGCGGCAGUCAGUAUGAUUAUGGAAGUUGACAUCAUCAAGGCCUUCCACCACGAGAUUCGUUUCCAGAUCGAACUCUCAAAUGAGCACAGAGAUUUCAUCAGUGGCAAGAAAAAUGGCAAAAUCAACAAGAUCAUGCAAACGACCAACGUCAAGAUCAAGUUCGAGACGUUCAACGACCACAACUUCCUCAUUGACAUUGCCGGUCCUGAUGGCUCAGUUCUUCAAGGUCUUUCGCUUUUGCAAGAGGAAUUGCCUGCUGAGAUAUCAUUCCACGUACCGGAGGGCUAUCACAAGCGCAUCAUUGGUGUCGGCGGCCGCAGCAUCCAACGCAUCAUGAAGAAGUACGGAGUCUACGUCAAAUUCUCAAACGCUGAGGAAUUCGCUGCUCUCGGCGGCUAUAAUGACAACGACGAUAACGUUGUCGCGCGGACACCAGCGAAAAACGCUAUCAAUUUGGAACAUCUAAAGCAGUCCGUUAUGGAGCUCGUUAACCCGAAGGACAAAGACUUCGUGAAUGAGACUGUCUCCAUUCCUCGACGUUAUCAUCGUACUCUAUUGGGCGAAAAGAGCAUCUUCAUCCGUGAUAUCGAGACGAAGACGAAUUCUCGUGUACGCUUCCCUGACAAAGAGACGGCUUCAGAUGUAGUCACUAUCUACGGGCCUGAGAGCCAAGUUCAAAUCGCCGCUACGAUGCUUCUAGACCACGUCCCCUUCGAGGCCGACAUGGCUGUGCCUCCCAGCAGCGAACUUCCUCGUGUCUGCGCCUCUCCGGAGUUUAGCGCUUUGGUCGAGCACGUCAAACGUGAAUUGCAGGUCUCGAUUUCGCCCAACUUCAGGAGACCUGCAGGUGUCACGAAUGGCGGUUCGGGAGCCGAGACGCCUUCUGAGUACUCCUUCAAGUUCCGGUGCCAACGCAGCAACAGCGACUUCUUGAUUACGGCAAGGGAGAUGCUCGAGCAAUUCCUUCAGAACCACAACGUCCAUGUUUACCCUUCGCCCACGGCGCAUACGCACAAGAAGAAUGAUUCAUUUGCGGAAGCCUUCCCGCAUUUCGAUAGCAAGGUUCUUUCGACGGCGCGGACCAGAGGCCAUGAAUCUAUGGACAUGGGCCGAUCUGAUAUCAUGGUUGACCGUAGACUGAGGCUCGCGAACUCGUCGCCUGACGUCAAGGCUCUGUUUAACUCGCCUGCCUAUAUCUAUAACCUGGAAAACCAGGAAGACGUCGAGACAAACUUUAUCCCUGCCCAAAAUCAAGGGCUUGACUAUUGGACCCCUCUAGCACCUAUCGGUUCUGGAUUGGCUCAUCGUACAAGGCAUUCCCAAGAUGCAAUUAAACGUGGCUCCGACUCUCUUCUGGAGGCGAAGUUGAAGGACCAGAUCAACAAACCCCGUUCGCUGAACAAUCGCGCUCAGUCUCUUGACUUGACAUACUCUCUUUCCCGAAUCACUGAGGCAGGCUCAGGCUACGUAAUCCCUCCCGACUCACCAACGACGUCCACCGGCGACACUGGGGGUAACUCGAGUCCUAAUUCCGCAACUGCUCCCUCCUUCCCCACCGUGUACGGUCCGCCACUUUCCGCCCGCUCUUCAGGGAUAUUCGGGCAGUCUGCUGCAACCCAAAUGCAAUCGCGGCCUGCUGGUGCCACCCACGACGACGACGAAGCCGUCGACGAGGUCUCUCGAGUGAUCUCGAAUCUGGGACUGUAG